AUGGCACGUUCAGAACCAUUUACAACAGCAACAGCAGCAAUCAAUCGGGGAAUUUGUGGUCUGUUAGUAAAGUACUGGAUAUUUGUGGUUGCUGUGGUGCUGUUGUUGGUGUCCGUUCAGUCACCUCCACUCUGCUAUACCAUUGGCUAUUUCCUAUUCUUCGCUCUACUGCUCACCUUUUUGCAGAUAUCAUUCGGGUGUUUCCGUAAGACACUGUUUGCGUAUUGGACGUUGCUGGUGAUCUAUUCAUCGCUCGUACUGCUCGCUAUAUAUUGCUUCCAAUUCCCUGGCAUUCCGGAGUACUGGUUUAGAUUCACGGGACUCUCGAAACAAUGGACCGAUGAUAUUGGAUUGAUCAAUUACAAGGAUGAGAAACGCGACUCGACGAUCCUAUUCGUGCGUCUGUUUGCACCAGUAUCGUUUUGUAUUGUUGCAAUGCUGCAGUUGAAAUUCUUUCACAGUCCGUGGAGUAAAAUGGUUUCAACGGCGAAUUCGAACACACAGCAAACGGGUGGUGCUCUUGUUCAAGGUUUAUUUAUUGUUAUUUGUUAUUAUUUAAUAUUAUUAUUAUUUAUUAUUAUUAUUAAUGACAGCUUUAGGAGAGGGUGCAAAUGA